UCCGAAUGUUAACCAUCGUUUCAUUCGGUUACGACAGUGCCAAACUUUUCAAAUUCCCUCACUCUCACAGAGACGCCCCACAGACACACGAUGACUCCACCACUGCUGAAGCUCGCGUUCGUCCAAGGUCCAAGAGACGGCGAAACCUUACAAUACAAACCCGGAUCCACUAUCCGAAUCGGCCGAGUCGUCCGCGGAAACGAAAUCGCAAUCAAAGACGCCGGAAUCUCCACGAAACACCUCCGAAUCGUCUCCGAUUCCGAGAACUGGAUAAUCCACGACCUCGGAUCUUCCAACGGCACAAUACUCAACUCCGAAACUCUCGAUCCCGACACUCCCGUUACUCUCCGCCACGGAGACGUAAUCAAGCUCGGCGAGUAUUCCUCCAUCGUAGUGAACUUCGAGAUUGAGGAGGAGGAGGAGGAGGCUAAGCUUCCCCCGAAGCCGAGAAGGAACACCAGACGCGUUCCGGUUCCGGAUCUGAUUCCUAAGGAGAAGCCAAAGCGGAGAGGUAGAUCUGCGAAGGAAGAGGAAGAACCUGAACCGGCGAAGAGAGCUAGGGUUACGAGGAGUAAAGUGGCGGUUACGAAGGAAGAGGAGGAAAAAUCUGUUGCGGUGGAGAAGAAGGGGAACGUUAGGGGUCGUGGAGGAGGUAAGAAGAAGAGUGAGGCUGUUUUGAAUUCAGUUAAAUUGGAAGUUGAGGAUACACCCAAGGGAGUGGAGAUGUCAGGGGUGAAGAAGAGAGCGACGAGGAGCAGUAGGAUGAUUGUGAAUGUGAAGAGUGAGGAUACUUGUUUAGAGGAGGAGAUGGGGAGACCUUUGAGAGCUACAAGGAGUAAGAGGAAAGAGAUUGGUGGAGAUUCUUUUCUGGAUUUGGAUAUGGUUUUGAGCCAGGCACGUGCUAAGAGGAAGAAAGUGGAGCAGAAGAGUGUUGUUAAAGAGGUGGAAGCUAGAGAUGAGGUUGUUGAAGAAGAUAAGGAAGAUGGAAAGGGUGUUGAAGCUCAGAAAGGGAGCAGUGAAACUAGUGAUAAAGAAGUUGAGGAGGCAUCUAAGAGGUUUGAGAUUGAGUCAAGAAAGAGCACGUUAGGAGAAGAUGAUGUUGAGGAAGAUAAGCAGAAUGAAAAGGAUGUUAGUGAAACUAGUGAUAAAGAUGAUGAGACAUCUAAGAGGGUCGAGAUUGAGCCAAGAAAGAGCACAUUAGGCGAAGAGGAUGUUGUGGAAGAUAAGCAAAAUGAAAAGGGUGUUAGUGAAACAAGUGAUAAAGAAGAUGAGACAUCUAUAAGGGUCGAGAUAGAAUUAGGAAAGAGCACAUUAGGAGAAGAGGAUGUUGUGGAAGAUAAGGAAAAUGAAAAGGAUGUGAGUGGAACAAGUGAUAAAGAAGAUGAGACAUGUGAGAGGGUAGAGCAGACGGAGAUUGAGUCAAUGAAGAACACAUUAGGAGAAGAUGGAGAGGGAAAGAACUUACAAGAUGCAGUCGACAGUGAUGAGGCUGGAAUUGAGACAUCAGAUGGUGGAUGUAAUAAUGUAGAAGAAGAAAAGGCAGAGCAGGAAUCCAGGAAUGAGAAGAAGGAUGUAGAGAAGGUGGAUUUAGAGAAGAUGACAUUAGGAGACUGGUUUAAAUACAUGGAGGUGUACCUGCGGAAAAAGAUAGUGGAUGAGACGGAGGAGAAGAUAGAGGCCAUGAGAGCUAAAUCUAGGAGAGUUCACCAAUAUAUUGCAGAGCAGAAGGGAAAAGUUAAUUUGUGACUUUGUUAGACCAUCCCCGUGAGAGAACUAUGACCUUAUUUAAGUUAGGUAGAUAACAUCUUUUUAUCGGCUAAAACGUUUUUCUUCUGGUAUGGUAUGAACCUCUUGUAUGAGAUUCUUUUAGAGCAAGUACCUGUAUCUAUAUAUAACUCGCUUGGUGCCAAUCUACAUUAUGAUUUUGCAUCUA